GGUUGCCAGAACAUCUAAGUAAAGAUCUGUCGUGUGAUACAGGCGCAGGCGUGGCCGUACGUGGCGUGGGCGGCGUGGGAAGCGUGGGCAGCGUGGGCAUGGUGCCGGUUCAAGUGCCGGUGAGCGUGGCGGGCGGCCAUACUGUGUACCAGACCGUGCACGUGCCUAUGCACGCGCCGCACCACCUGCAGCUGAUACCUCACGCGCACCAGAUGCAACAACCCCAGAUUGCCAACGUGUUGACGCCGUCAGGUCAAAUUCAGCAGAUACAAAUAGCGUCAUUAGCAAAUGUUCAGCAAAACGGAGGCACGCAGGCCGCCGCCAGUGCCGCACCCACGCCCGCGACCAUCACUCUGCAGGCGGUGUCGAACCCGAUGCAGACGGAUGCAACAGUGCAACAAGUGCAGCAAGUGCAGCAACCGCAGACCAUAAUCACCAGCGGGUCGGGGCAGCAGGUCACUGUCAUCCCAGCCACCAAUGUCCCAACGCUGGGUGUUGGCGGCGUGGGCGGUGGUGUACAAUUGGUUCCUGCGCUGGGACUCCCUGGGGUGCAGUUGGCUCAACUUCAUCAACCUCAACCGCAGCCGCAGCCAGUUAUAGGUCAACAAAUCCAGCAAGACCCCAACGAGCCGGGCAAGUGGCAGGUGGUCACCGUGAGCACAGCUAGCAACAACAGCAACAACAAUUCGGGCAACAACUCCGGGACGGAAUGCGAGGCCAGCAAGCAGCGCGCGUCCAGUCCUUCUGGCAACAAGCGGCUCAUGAAGCGGGUGGCGUGCACGUGCCCCAACUGCGACUUGGGAGAGAACCGCCUGGUAGACCGCAAGAAACAACACGUGUGUCACAUCGCGGGCUGCAACAAGGUGUACGGCAAGACGUCCCAUCUGCGUGCGCAUCUACGUUGGCAUUCGGGCGAGCGCCCUUUCCUCUGCAACUGGCUGUUCUGUGGAAAGAGGUUAGUGCUGUCUCGCUUGGUCCUGUGCGAGUGACAGUUCAGUCGCGACAGCAAUACAACAACGCGCGAGCGAUAAGGAUGGGUAGCUUGGGGUCAUUGGACGAAAUUCUACAUGCUCGGCGACUGGACUUUACCACAAAGUGUACAAAAGAUAAAACGUGCGUGCGCAUCUACGUUGGCAUUCGGGCGAGCGCCCUUUCCUCUGCAACUGGCUGUU